CCAUGUCAAAGAGCCUCACAUACGAAGCCUGGGUACGCGGAAUACUUCGCGCCGGUGCUUGGCAAUGGCGGUGGCACACCAGCUGAACUCAUCGGUGGUCGCGUACGUAAGAACACUUUCCGGAUUAGGCCGCAGUGGGUUGUCUGCGCCCGCCAUGGUCCUCCCAAAGGCCUCACGAAUGCUUCCCGCGACCCUGAUACUCGCAGGCGCUGCCUUCGCUUCCGACCCAUGCGCGGAGAUUGCAGGAAAAAGCUGGGUGUUACCUUCCGAAGCACGCGCUUGCCUACGCUCCUUCCCGGUCGACCCCGUCGUUAAGGCUAAUGUCCUUGAAGUCGUGAACAGGACGCUCGCCUUUCAUACAUCGACGAACUACCAGAUCCGGGCGCCUGAGCCUUUUGCGGACCAAGUUCAUGAGGACCUUGUACGCGACUUGGCCAGGAUUGGUGCCCAAGAGUACGCUUCUGAGUUCGACUUCCAUCUCGAUGUGUACAGGACGUUCAAGCUCGUCAAUGACGGCCAUUGCGGCGUGUAUAAUCUAUGUUACGACUCACUCUACGUGACGUACCUUCCGACCCCUUUGGUCGUUGUUGAUGGCCAAGACGUCCACAUAGCCCCCGAGGCCUUCGACGUUGCAUCCGCCGAAUUCGGGGAAGACAUCUCAUUUUGGCAAGAGGCUCUUCCGGGUGAUCUCAAGGGCAAGCUGCACAAGCUUUCUGGGGCUAAGGUCCUGGCGAUCAAUGGAGAGAAUCCGUGGGUUGCGGUCAAUGCGAAUGCUGCUGUUGCUGGGGGCUAUCAAGGGUUUGCCACGAGGCAGAAUGGGUUUUUCGCAUCUUACCGCGCAUCCGCGAAAUGGGACUACAUGAUGGGCAACUUUGCCCAGCUCACUCAUCCGCUCGUUGACUCUGUGGACCUCAUUGUCCAAUUGAUGAACGAAACUCAGUCGAUAGCUCUGGCGCUGCCCUACCGCUCUCGCUUUAGUUCUGCCGCGGUGGACUUCACCGACAGCGCGUCAUACAGAGCGAAUAACUGCCUCGCCACAAACCACACGAACGGGAGAGACGUCUACGAAACGGAUCUAGUGGAGGCGGAAGACUACGUGCCUGCGUCGCUCGCGCGCGUUCAGCAACAGCCCGCGCUCACUGCGCGCGAUCGACGUCGGCACGCGGUCAAUGUCAUCAUGGACGACGCGCCGUAUGCCGACGUCGCGCUGCCGGAGGGUAUACGUCCGACGGGGCCCGCGCUCAAUGAGAGCUACAGCGUCGCACAGUUCUACAUGCUGAACGACUCGCACACUGGCGUGCUAGCGCUAGGGAGCUUCUCCGCGCCGAAUUUCACUGCGUUCCAGGGUAGUUUGCUCAAUGGCCUGGUUGCGCUCAAGGCGAGAGGCGCGACGAAUCUGAUCGUCGAUGUGACCAACAACGGCGGAGGAUACAUCUGCAUUGCCCAUUGGCUGCAUCGUAUCAUCGUCGGCCCGAAGCCAACUUCUGAGCCGCAGGCCGGGCUUGAUACGACGACUAGAGCAGGCCCACUCGCUCAGCUGAUCGUCAGGCGUAUCGCGGAAGGCGCGGACCCGGAGGAACAGCUCUUGUACAACCCCGCUCUAUGGCGGAAUGCGACGCACCAGCCCUUUCCCGUGGAGUCCGAUUGGUUGGAGCCGAAGAAGGUCGUCAUCAAUGGGCACGAAGACGCCUUCAGCCAGAGGAUGGGUCAGGAGUGCCAGCCCUUUGACAUGGACCCGCCUUCCGAGGCGCUUUUCGAGCCGGAGAAUGUUAUCAUCAUGUCGAACGGGCGCUGUGCCAGUUCAUGUUCCCUCUUUAGCAUCACGAUGGCGAAAGCGGAGGGCGUGCGCACCCUCGUAUACGGCGGCAGAACGGACACCCCACAGCAAUACUGCGGCGUCGUGGGUGGGCAGUCAACGGACUUCAGCACCAUUGAUUCGGAGAUUAAGAGCGUCAAAUUGAAGAAUCACACGCUUGCGCCGCCGGACUUCCUCUCAAACAGUAUCCAAGGUAUAACAUGGCGGCUCGGGUAUGGCAUCGACGACCCCAAGCAGCCUGAAGAAUGGCAGGACCACCCCGCAAUGAUUAACCUCCCCGUGAGCUACGAGCUGGUCAACAAGCCAGAACGCCUCUGGCAGCACGUCGCGUCGGUGGGGUUCCCUGCGAAGCAUCUUAGCUUUGUGGCACAGCAACCGUCCUGAGAGGUCGAGUACUUUGAUGGGCCGGAGCUAUGUUGCUUCAUCCCCGAGCAGCUAGAUGGAAUUUUGAGUCGGAGUACGAUACGGCGUCGGCGUUGGUCUCCCAAAUGCGAUUUCGGAAAUGAAUUUGCUGAACGUUGUCCAUCUUCGUCGCUACUGGGAGUGCACUUCCAUUCAUAUGAUAGGCUAGUCCCGCGCGCUAGCGCGCGGCGGUUUCCGCGGAUGAAGAUCUAGUACAAUACAGGUCGAACUCCGUCAGAGGGCGUGCGCGAGUCAC